AUGCCCGUGCACUUGCUGGAAUUUCCAACCUAGCAUAAGUGCCUUAUGAAAUGCAGCAGAGAAAUUGCGUUUUAGUGUUGAACGCAUCUCUCACUUCUCUCUGCUCCUUUGCUGGUGGUGAACUGCAGUUGAGGAGAAACUUCAGCGCGCUUCCGUUGCACCGCUCUGCGCUCGCUGGAUGUAUAGAUGCAUCCGUGCGCUGCCAUUUUCACCGGUUCUUCUCACCAGUCACGACUGCGGGAUGGAUGUCAUAUGUGAAAUGGACGAAUUUAAAGAAAACGGCUAUAGGAAGGCAGUCCGGUCAGUGGUCUCUCCCCCUUCGAGGUGUGGUCUCUUUCCAGAAGCCUUCAAAACUAGGCGGCGCGCGAUGCUGCGCUCGAGAAGGUAUUCAGCAGAGAAGCGCGUGAGACUGGCCUGGUCUACCAGGCACGAGCGGUUCAGCGCACCGCGCUCUCCAAGCAAGAGCAACAUCCACCUGCAGUCUGUGUGUCAAGUGAAGUCAGGUUAAGAUCAGUGCCGAGAAUGGGUGCUGUAAAGGGUGAGGAUGCUUUAGAUGGUGGAUGGGGAUGGAUGAUUGUGUUGGCCUCUUUCAUGGCCCAGUUCCUAUCCUUUGGAUCGCCCCAGUCUGUCGGGGUGUUGUACCCUGAGUGGCUCAGUGCCUUCCAGGAGGGAAAAGGCAUGACGGCUUGGGUCGGAUCCAUGGUGUCUGGUGUGGCGCUCAUCACCAGCCCAGUGUGCAGCGCUUGUGUGGAUAAUUUUGGUGCACGGCCAGUAACCUUCUUCAGUGGUGUUAUGGUGGCUGGAGGUCUGAUGCUGAGUGCUUUUGCGCCGAGCAUCUCUUUCCUCAUCUUCUCCUAUGGCAUUGUUGUCGGCAUUGGCUGUGGACUUGUCUAUGCUGCCACACUGACCAUAACCUGCCAGUACUUUGACAAGAGGCGUGGCCUAGCACUGGGCAUUGUCACCACAGGUACAAGUUUGGGCGGGUUCAUUUACGCCACUCUCCAGAAUGAGCUUAUUGAGUUGUUUGGAUUAGAGGGCUGCCUGCUCAUCGUUGGAGCGCUGGCGCUCAACCUGAUGGCAUGUGCUGGGCCAAUGCGACCUAUGAAAUUACCUGGUUACUACCUAAAGCAGAGAGCUGCUCUACAGCGUACAGAGGAACCAGAACCACUGUACACCAAACCUACUGCCAUUAUCAUUGACUCUGAUCUCAAAACCACAUCCGGCUCAGCCGAUAAUACAGCCACCAUUAAGCUUUUGAUCAUCAAGGAACCCACCGAGCUGCAAGAGAGUGAAGGGGAAAGAAAAAGUGGGAUAUUGACCUGUUCAGUAGUAGCACGAGCUAUCAAGAAGCGAAUGCGCCCCUAUGGACAGUACCUGUGCGAGACUGUAGAGCUCCUACAGGACCGUGUCUUCAUGGCUUUCUGCAUCGCCAUAUUCCUGUUCAGCUUAGGAGCGUUCCCCCCUGUCCUCUUCAUGGAGGAUGUAGCCCAGAGCGAGGGGCUUAUCGAUGGGAUUGCACUAAUACCCCUUGUCUCCAUCGUUGCCAUGACAACAGGCAUCGGUAAGCUGGUCCUGGGCAUCCUGGCAGAUAUGCGAUGGGUGAACAGCUUGUACCUCUACGCCCUUACGCUGACAGGCACAGGCACAGCUCUGCUGCUCAUUCCUGUGUCUAAAAGCUACAUGGGUCUGCAAAUUUUGUCAGCCGCAGUUGGAUUUUUCUCAGGGAACUGGUCUCUCACAUCCUACAUCACUACCAAGAUAGUGGGCAUUGAACGACUCAGUCAGGCUCACGGCAUUCUCAUGUGCUUCGGAGGGUUUGGAAUCACCCUCGGGCCACCUGUUGUAGGUUGGUUUUUCGACUGCACUCAGUCAUAUGACUUGGCGUUUUACUUCAGUGGCACUUGUGUUUUAUUGUCUGGAUUGUUUCUGUUCUUGUUCUGUUCCACUCUGCCUUGCCGGAACAGGAUGUCAGAGGAGGGAAAUUCCCCUGCAGAAGAGGACAUCAACACUUCUCAACAGCCCACUCUUGACUGUGACAAAGUAGCUUCUGUGGCUUGAACAAUAUCUCAAAGGUCUAAAACCAACCUUGGUCUUAACAUUCUGCUGAACAUUUAGAAGAUUGACUUCCUUUUCUUAUGGUUUUCUUAUCUGGUACGGUUUUGACCGGGGACUUAUCAUGGUGCCAAACUUUUUCUUUUGUUCAGUGCGCUAAAUUUUUGUACAUGUCCCAAAAACCCUGUCAUUUUUGAGAGGGUGUAUUUAUUUUUCUUAGAUGCUUAUAAAGAUUGCCUCAUUUUUGAGGCUUAUAUAUAGCAGAAGUUGUUUGCUAGUAGUAUAAGUAGAUUAUUUACUGAACACAGAUGCUGUUUUAUGUAGAUCUAGAUCACUUGAAUUGUGUUACUUUACUCUCAGAGAUGAAUGGUCUCUGUGUUGGAUGUGGAUAUCACCAACCUGUGAAGAUACAUGCAUUAUACAUCCAUUAAUGAGAACAUUUGUCACUGAAAGCUGCAGAGAAUUAUAUAAUGUGUGAAUGGGGUUUUUCACUGCACUUACCAUGAAAAACAUUUAAAAAAUUCAGAUCCAAAGAUUUCUUUUGUCAUUUCUGGAGUAACAAGGACUUUGAAUUGCUCUAACGCACUCUUUUAAAUAGUAACUGCAUAUUAUCUUCCUGUUGUUUUUUUUUUUUAACAACAGUCUCCUUCACACAGGGCCAUCCUUAGGGGGCCUUGCCUUCGCAUUAUCUUCAUUUUUGUCUGUAAUACCAAAGUGACAACCAACUUAAUUUAAUUGACAGAGAGAGGCCUUAUUUUGAAAUUGACUUACUUUAGCACACAUUUGAUUUUAAGACAUACCUCAGCAUGUUCUGCAUCUCUAAUCGUUAGUCAUUUAGAAAUAUAAGAAUAUGCUGAAGUCCAAAAAAAAAAAAAAAAAAAGAGUUUGAUUCUGUGACUGCAAUGAAUGUGUAUGUAUGCACCAUGUAAUACGGUCAUCCUCCACAGUUUUUCAACAGGCUGGUCCCUGACAACACUGUAUCUUUUAUUACUGUAUAUGUAUAGAUGCCAGUGUCACUAUCUCAUGUCAGUAUAUGUUGUAGAACCUUAAUAUAUUAUGUAUAGAUAUUUGCAAAGGAAUGUUAAGAAAAGGCCACUACACUUUUGACCAAACACUUUGUGUCUUGAGUAAACCUUUGACUGGGUGCAAAAAAAUUCUGUAUAAAAUGUAACAUUGUCCCCCUAUAUCAUAUAUCUGUCUUGUUAUUUUAUUGCAGGGAGUCUGUUUUAUACAAUACUAUGUUAGCUAAUUUUUAAGUGACAAUAAAAAGAUUUAUGACAAACA